AUCUUUGAGCUCGCCGAGUAGACACCAUGAGCAAAGCUCACCCUCCCGAGCUGAAAAAAUUUAUGGACAAGAAAUUAUCAUUGAAAUUAAAUGGUGGCAGACAUGUUCAAGGAAUAUUGCGGGGGUUCGAUCCAUUUAUGAAUCUUGUGAUAGAUGAAUGUGUGGAGAUGGCAACUAGUGGGCAACAGAACAAUAUUGGAAUGGUGGUAAUACGAGGAAAUAGUAUCAUCAUGUUAGAAGCCUUAGAACGAGUAUAAACAAUGGAUGUGUUCAUCAGAAGAAUCAACUGCUUCCACAUGUCCCCUCUCCAUAGUACCUGUUUUACUACAAUAUAAAAAUCAGAUCGUGUGCAUUUUCAUAUUGAGCUUUU